AUCAAACAAACAAAUAGGUUAAGUCAUGGAAAGAGGAGAAACAUGCAAAGGAACAGGUGAGAUAACCUAAUCACCUAAUGCACUGCAGGAACAAAUAGAGCAAUAAUAGAGAAUGACAGUAACUAGUGCACUACAGUACUGCAUUACGUGUAGCCGUGACAGGGGGGACUAGGAUGCAAACAAGAGGCAGAUCAUAGGGGGAAAGGUGGGUCCCUCAAAAGGAGUAUAAGCCAAUUUACAAACCUCUUCAGCUACAGGCAUUCGGCUUUAAAGCUUGAUCAAGCUCCUUGCACUUCCUUCCUAAAACACAACCACCAUCUCUGCCAAAACCAAACCAAACCCAGAGACCAACCCACCAGAAACACAAGGCCAGGCACCAACAAUGGCAAGACAUGGCCCCCAAAUCCAUGACCAACCACUCCAAGAAGAGGACUACAUAGACAUGGAGCUGAGCUCACCCGCAGCUGCAAAGGUGGUCACCAAUACAGCAAGCUUGCUUUGCUACACCACAGCCAUGGCAGCCUCCCCCCAGCAGUCGAGGGAGUUUGAGUUCCACAUGUCAGCUCCCGUUGACCACUGGGAGCCCAUGGCAUCACCAGCAGAUGAGCUCUUCUACAAGGGCAAGCUGCUGCCGCUCCACCUUCCACCACGCAUCCAAAUGGUUGAAAGGCUCCUCGAGAUCGCGGCUGACAAGGGCCUCCUCUCCGCGAGCACUGCCCCCGCUACACCAUACCAGUCGUGCCACGUUUCACCAGCAAAUUCAUGUUAUGCAAGUGGUGAGCUCAAUGCAGAGCAGUACUUCAGCGAGUGCGCAUCCGCCACUAUUGCUGCUGCUGAGGUGGAAGCAGCAUGCGAAAAGAAGCCAUGGUCCAAGAAGCUCAAGUUCAUCAGGAAUCUCAACCUUGGUCUCAAGCUCAAGGCAUCAAAGGCUUACCUCAAGACAAUAUUUGCCGCUAAAGCAGGGGAUCCAGAUGACAAGGGUGGUGCACCAAGAGCAAAUGAGUUCUCCACCGCCCAGGUCAAGAGUUGGAGGAAGAACCCAUUUGGCCAGAUCAGAAGCAACAGGUACACAACCUCGCCCAUCAGCGACAGUGCCACACUGGGAGGGCAGCUUAAAGAAGAUGAGUACGGCCAUAGGAGGUCAUUCUCUAGUGUCAUUAUCCGAUAUUCGUCAUCAAACAAGACGUCAUCUGCCUCAUCAUCAUCAUGCUCUUCGUCAAAUUCAUCAUCCUACGUCCCGAGCUCAAAUGACUCUGGUUUGGGGCCAGUGCUCAGGAGGAGCAGCAGUGCCAGCUCAGAGAUGGAUAAUCCAAUCCAGGGUGCAAUAGCAUACUGCAAGAAGUCGCAGCAACUGGCCUCAGUGAGGAAGAGUGCAAGCGAUGCAGGUUUCCGGUUCAUGUCAUCAUCAGUGUCGAAGAUAGCUGCAGAAUCUGAAGAUGAAGAAGACAUUUUUGAGAUUUGCAGUCAACGGUAGUAUAGAUGGUAUAAAAUUUCAACACCCUGAUGAUUUUGUACACAUUUGUAUUUUGAUCAUAUGUUUCCUGAAGACAUGCUAUCCCCUUAAAAACUUGGCUAUGUAAGUAACUUCUGUCUAUGAAUGAACAGUUUCACUAUGUUCCGAGUACUAGUAUUUUAGCACUUGACAUGGUUGUGGAAGUACCAAAGUGCAGAUAGAAUCCCACCAAAAAACUAAAUCUAGGCAAACCUUUCUCUGAUCAGUAUCCAUAUUACAGGUGCACAUGUAGCAAGUCCAUACCUAAAAAGAGAUGCAACAGGAACAAGCAUCUUAUGUCACAUGCAAUGAGCCAUAGUUAACAGAAAGACAGCCAAUUAUUUUUGGGUAAAGCUGACACUUUUGUCCCAUGCUUGGUUCUCUAUCUAUCUCCAAAUGCACAAAUUAGUUCCUGAUUAAAGCCUACCUGCUUUCUGUUUGUUGAACACAACACAAAAACAUACACUCAAAAGCUUGUGUGUCAACUGUGUGUCUAUGAUGUAACAUAGGUAAGGAACUAAGCAAAAAAAUUACAAGUUAUUAAAGAUAUUAUCAGAGAAGGCAAGACAAUGAACCUUUUAUCAUGAAACCUGACUGCAACUUGAAUACUAGUACAUGGCACCACACUAAUGCGAGUGGCAAUGGCAUAAAUAAAGUAACCCAAAAGACUCCAAAAUUGUGUGUUAAAAUGAAAUCUUUUCUGGCAAGUUGCACCUUGAUAUUAUCAGUUAAUAUGAUUUUGGGAUUUACUCUUCUAAAUGCUGAUCCUUGUGCAUUUAGGGGUCUGAAUGCAUUCUCAUGGCUCUACGUCAACCAAGGAACAUUUUCCAUAUACUAUGUCAGGGACCUUGUUUAGGAAAUACUGUACAAGUCACUGGUGGCGGGCACUUAAAACAUGGAAGGCAAAAGAGGAAAGGUGAAAUACCUUUCUUGUAGUGACAAACAAAAAGCAGUAGUGCAAUAAAAUGAAUGGAAAAAGAGAAGAAAAGCAAAGUAAGAAUUACCUACGAUUACACACCUUUAAAGCUAUAAAUCAUUAGACAAAAAUAAAAUAAAUGGAAAAGGAGAAGAAAUGCAAAGUGUGAAUGAUAGGAGGCAACAACUUCUUAACAGCCCUUUUUUGUCCUAAAAAGCUUUACUGAAGACCUGGGGGGAAGUUUAUACUGGAUUGGUUUUCUUCAUUUAAGAAGACAAUUGUGGUAAAACUACAAUAACAUAUCAGAUAUAAUAUCUUACCAUACGCAUUUAAUAAUUGUUGGAAAAAGAACACUGGUCAUCGGAAUGACAGAAUCUAUCCCAAA